AUGAAUUCCAUUCAGGCCAAAUUCGAUCGAUCCGAUGAAGCCUGCGCAGCUUGCUCCAUUUCGCAUGAGGAUGUAAAGUCUCCGGUCGGUAGGCCUUUGGUCGACUUCAAUUUCAACCGCGGGAUCUUUGACAACGCCGACUACUUCACCCACGAUUGCAAGCCGGAUUCGAAGAAGGACCAAAACCAUGAGAAGCAAAACGCUCAAUAUUCGGAAGUCCAUCGCGGAGUCCCUGCUCUGGUUGUACCCUCACCGAUGCACACCAACUCCCGGCCACAGCGCGUUCCCCUUGGUCAACUCGACGCCUCGUCCUCCAACGCGAGGGUUUCCCUGGCGCAACUGCCACAAGCCCACGUCUUACCAAAGGCCCAGCCGGCCUCUGGUAUUCAAGGCACAACGCACGUCUCAACGCCACUUCCUCGGUGUGCUAAUUACCAUGAUGAUGGAACGACGGACUGUCAUUUGUCGAUGAUGCCGCGAGCACCAGACCAUGCUGUCAAUCGUUUCAUUAGCAGAUCUCAUGCAUCCGGAUAUGAUAACACCAAGAAACGAACCCAGGCUAUCUGCAUAGAUGUGCCAACCAAGACAUCAUAUACGCAAGCCGCUUGGGAUCGUCGGGAUGACGACCGCUCACCAUGCCUGACGAUUACCGACCACGAACACAUGACUGUUUUGUGCAACGAUUCGUCAACCAAUUUCCAAUCGACAAGGCAGAACAACUCUGAUGGAACCUUACAAAGCCUGGACGAUUCCAGUGCCGAUCAUCAGAAUGUCUCUGGCUCGGUAACUGCAGCUUGGGACUAUAUGCGAAAAGAUGACGCAAGUCCUCAUGGUCGCUAUCCCGAGCCUCGUAUUGCGUACACCCCAUUUCAUCCCCGUCAUGCCAGUGCUAUCAGCAAUGAGCCACUUGAUCGUCCUGCACGUGUCAUUGGUGUCAACCAGAGCGGUAACCUGGACAUGAGAAGUGCCGAAGCUUAUUGUGAAACCCGCGAAGGAUGUGGCGGGAAUCACCAACCCACUGCAACCUACAGUCAAUCAAGCGACAUGACCAUGGGGUUUCCAGAAACAGCGAUGUCGAUGUAUUCCCCUACAUCCUAUCGCAACACGGUGUGCCCAGCCAGAGUAGGCCCUUCAAGCGAUUCGACUGCUGGACAGAUGCUCGCACAGCAGCUAUGGGUACCCCUCGGGAUGUCAGUCAAUUACAAGGGGAACAUUGGACUGAGAGCCAACCAAUCUGCUGACAUCCCCGACUACCUGUCAUGUUCUCUGUGGAUUACCAAUCUCAACCUGUCUGCUGCGAACGGCGAGCAUGACCUUCUCUCGCAGAUCAAAGGCUGCGGCAAGGUGUAUGCAUGCGUUAUCAACCCUCCGGACACAGUGCUCGGCCAUACCACCAGCGCCGCCAAGCUGGUUUUCUUCCGUACAGAGGGCGCGGGUGAACUUAUACGCCGAUCGCAGAUGGGCGACUUUGUCGUCAACGGUUACGUGCCCAAGGUGGUUUACAACCGCAUCCGCACAGCCCCCCAGCAGCCCGGGCCCGAGUCGCGGGUCAUCCACAUUGAUGGUCCCAAAGCCAUCGUCGAUGUAGACUUCCUCACGUUGUGGUUCAGUCAGCGAUUCGUAUUUCAGACAGACGAGGUUCUCGCACUGAGUGAGGAGGCUGGUCCCAACGGACGACGUCGUCUGGAGUGGCGAUUUGGGUCGUAUCGCUGCCAGGCCAGCGCGGCCAUGUCCUUCAUUGAUAAGGAGCGCCGACGAGGCUACUGGAACAUUGGACAGCACCACAACCUCUGGCGUCAAGUCCAUACAUAUUUUGCGGUUGAUCCGUGCGCCUAA